UCGAUAUCUGCAUGCCGCGGUCCCUGGGCCGGCCCAUCGUUGCACCCGCCCUUAGGCGUCCCGUGAGGAGUCGGAGCUGCGAGUGCGAGACUUCGGUGAAAAGGCGGCAAAAUAAUAGGGCGAGCUCCCGAGGCGCAUUGGGCAGCGAUCCGCUCCUCCACUGAGCUGGCUGAAGUUGGGGAUCAUGCCGUCGAAAUAUGGUUUCCAGCCUUGCCGGGAAUUCCAUGUGGUAGUCCUUGGUGCAGGUGGCGUUGGAAAGAGCUGUCUAACAGCCCAAUUCGUUCACAAUGAGUGGAUUGAGAGCUAUGAUCCUACCAUCGAGGACUCUUACAGGACUCAGAUUUCUGUCGAUGGACGCCAAGUGAUUCUAGAAAUCCUUGAUACUGCCGGCACUGAGCAAUUUGUUGCUAUGAGAGAUCUCUACAUGAAAACCGGUCAAGGGUUCUUGUUGGUCUUCAGCAUCAACUCGGGCGCCUCGUUAGACGAGCUAAAAACCUUACGCGAGGAGAUCAUCAGAAUCAAGGACGACGAGAAUAUCCCCAUUGUCCUCGUUGGGAACAAAGCAGAUCUCGAAGAUUCGCGGACCGUAGAUCGCGCCAAGGCAUUCUCCUUUUCUCAGCGGUGGCGAGCCCCAUACUACGAGGCCAGUGCCAGGACACGAACCAAUGUCGAUGAAGUCUUUGUUGACCUUUGUCGACAAAUGCUACGACGCGAUGACUACAACGAAGACACACGCGAUGACGAUUACUAUCAAAAGCAGGAGUAUCCUGCAUCUUCCAAGAAACGGGAGAGGAGGAGGCGAAAAGACCGAGAGCACAGAUGCGUGAUAUUAUGAGCUCCUCUUUCCCUUCCUGUGCCCCUUUUCUUUCACAUUUCAUACUUACGAGGUCGUGAUUCAGCCGCGGUUAAGAUUGGGCUAUAUUUGCUCGACGCCUGAGCGACAGCGGGAAAAUGGAAGGAGCGAUUUAUCAUGACAUGGAUAUG